AUGAAUACUUACGCGCUUCUCCGGGCUGGUGGCAAGCCCACAGCGGAAGAGUCGAUGCAAAGCUACGAUGGCAACAUCUGUCGGUGCACGGGCUACAGGAACCUCGUGCAGGCUCUGGCCGACGCAGUGAAGCACGUGGCACAGCAUCACCUGCGCUCGGAAGCAGGUUGGGCAGGGAAUCUGCUCAUCACCAUCCAGCGUGGAUUUCCUUCCGACCUUUUCCCCGCUCUGCUCGCAGCUGACGCGGAAGUGUCCUACGUGACCAAGAGCACCGAGGAGACCCGAAUACCACUCGCAGAGUUUAAACCGGGCGCUGUUCCUUUCAACGCUUUGCUGACAAAACUUCACAUCCCGAAUCUGCAAAGCUCCUUCUACAAGUACUUCCGAGUGGGGCAGCGCAAAUGGUUGUCGCACUGUUUCGCGAGUGGAGGCUUCCGUGUUGUCUUAGACAGCGCGAAGAAGAUCACCGAAGCUCGCGUCGAGCUCUCAGACUUCGACAAAUUCCUGCUGCCAGUCAUUAGCAGGCAUUCCGAGCUGGAAUUUGCAGGGGAGAGCCAAUUCCAGACAAUCGACAACCCGAAGGGAAAGGAUGACUAUCGCCGUCAACUGCCAGACACCUAUAUCUUCAAGUUCUUCAAAGAGGCACAGGCUUUCUUUGGCAUGAAGCAGUGGCCGGCGGAAGAGUUAGGAAGCCUGGCGCUGAAGCCGUUGAAAGCAGGAGACUUGGGGGAAGUCGGGGAGCAGCCUGGCCUGGAUAACAAACCCCAGCUGUCUGCAAUGGGCCUCACGACCGGAGCUGUCCGAUACACGGACGACCAGCCGAUGCCCGGUCUCUUCGGGUAUCCUGUAUUAAGCGAGGUGGCGACGGGCAAGCUGGAGCAGUUGGACACGGCUCAAGCCUUCAAAGUGGUCGGUGUGGUGGACAUCGUGACAGCAGCGGACGUGCCAGGGAAGAACGAUUGUGGCUUCGCUGCAGGGGAGGAGCCCGUCUUCGUGGAGAUCGGCGGGAACAUCAUGACUGUGGGGCAGCAGAUCGCCUUGGUUGUGGCCACCUCCUACCGUGCGGCCAAGGCCGGCGCCGCAGCGGUGCAGAUGAAGAUCUCCGGAGCCAACGAAGGUGCCAUCAUCACCCUCGACCAGGCCAUAGCGGCAGAGUCCUUUCUGGAGAGCGCCCACUUCAAGAACUCCAUUAACAAAGGAGAUUUGGAAGCCGGCUAUUCGAGCAGCGAUCUGGUCUUUGAGGGGUCCACCUACGUCAUCGGCCAGCAUGCUUUCCCGAUGGAGAAGCAGACGGCCUUGGCCGUACCCGAGGAAAAGAAGGGUAUGACUGUCUGGCAUUCCACGCAAGGCCAUGACUUCACCAGGGGAGUGCUGGCCGGCGUUUUGGGCAUCCCCGGAUCCUUCGUCGUCUGCAAGCAGACUCGCGCCGGCGGCGCCUUUGGCCCCAAGAACAGUCGACAAGCGCCGGUCGCCGCAAUGGCCGCCGUUGCUGCCCACAAGUUGGAGAAAGCUGUGCGUGUGGCCUACGAAGCAACACUGGAGCAGAAUGCCGUUGGCGGACGGCAUAGUUUCAAGACCCAGUACAAGGUUGGCGUCAACAAGGAUGGCAGAAUCCAAGCGUGCGACAUCGAGUCGUGGUGCAAUGGCGGAUGCACUCAUGACUUCACGGGCUUUUUGAAUCUGGAGAUGGGGGAAGCGAUACCCUCUGUUUACGACUGGCCCAACAUGCGAGUCAACGUUCAUGCGAUGAAGACCAACACCCCGAGCAACACGGCCGUCCGCUCCUUUGGAAGUCCGCAAGGAUAUUUCGUCUGCGAAGCAAUCAUGGAAGACAUCGCGGGCAGGCUGGGCAAAGUGCCGGAGGAAAUCCGAGAGAUCAAUAUGUGCACCAAGCAGAACGCUGUGACACCCUGGGGCCAACCAAUGGAGUUCUACAAUGUCGACACCCUCUGGAACAAGCUGAAGCAGGACGCGAAGUACGAGGAACGGGCGAAGUCUUGCGAAGAGUUCAACAAGACCAACCGUUGGCGGAAACGCGCCAUCAGUGCCGUGCCACUGGCCUACGGCCACUGCUAUGCCUACGCAGCAGGGACAGGGGCACUGGUCAACAUCCACGGCUCUGAUGGGUCCGUCACAGUUCAUCACGGUGGCUGCGAGAUCGGACAAGGAAUUCACACGAAGGUGGCACAGGUGGUUGCGGUUUCGCUUGGAUGUCCACUCGACCAUGUGCGCGUCGCCGACACCAACACCGAGGUUGUUCCAAACGCACGCUUUACGGGUGGAUCCAUCACCACGGAAGUGGUGUGCGAGGCUGCAAGACAGGCCUGCAAGCAGCUCUUGCAGACUCUCAAGCCCCACAAGGAGUUCCUAAAGAAGCGGGAUGGCAAGGAUCCGUCGUGGCCAGAACUGGUCGCGGCAGCCAAUACAGUUCUGGGUCAUCAGGAGAAGCUCUCAGCGACAGGAAUCUUUGCGCCAACUGGCAACAAGUACACCACUGAUGUGGAGGGAAAUACGCUGGGGCAGCAUCACGGAGAUUAUUUCACUUACGGAGCAGGAAUUUCAGAAGUGGAGCUGGAUGUUCUGACCGGCGAAGUCAGGACCCUUCGCUCGGACAUCCUGUAUGACGUAGGCCAGUCGAUUAAUCCCGGCAUCGACAUCGGCCAGCUGGAAGGUGCUUUCGUCUGGGGAAUCGGCUAUUACAUGUACGAAGAACCUCUCCGAGACACGCGUGGAGUGGAGCGUUCUCAGGGUGUUUGGGCUUACAAGCCACCAAUGGCCGCCGAAGUGCCCACGGAAUUCCGGGUGGAGCUUCUGCGCGACAAUCCCUUCCCAAAGGGAGUGCUGGGCUCCAAAGCGAUUGGCGAGCCACCAUUUAUGCUGGCAUACAGUGUUCUUGGAGCAACCAAGAAGGCCAUCGCCUCUGCACGUAAAGACGCCGGUUUGAGCGAGCAUUUCAAGCUGCCCAUGCCGUGCACCCUCGAUGCCAUCCACCAG